AACUCAGACGAGGAAGGAACUCUGAAGAUCUGCUGGAACUCGUAAACGGUUAAGAAGAACGUAACAGUUAAAUUAAGUGAAUACAGUUUUAGUUCAAUCGUCAAUCAUGGAAAAAGUCGAAAACGCUACGUCUCGUAUAACGAAGGAACAAAUUGAACGGUUGGUGCAAAUCAUGGAGAAAAACCCUGAUGCUGCCAAGGGAAUUUGUACCAAUCCCACGGCAUUCUGGGGUGAAGUUAGUUUGGAACUCAACAGUCUGGGUCCUUCAAAGGAUAGUCAUUCUUGGAAGAAGACAUGGACUGACAAGAAAUCGAACGUCAAGAAGAAGUUCUCUCUAAUGCGAAGCGAGCAGAAAAAAACCGGAGGUGGUAUUCCACUGGCUAUAAGAUUAAACAAUAUCGAGGAGCGUAUCUUAAAUGUCACAAAUAUAAAGGCCAAUGUGGAAGGAGCAAAAGACACUAUUUGUGUAGGAAUACCUGAGUGCAGUAGCGACCAACAGGAAAAAACUAUCGCUGAUCCAUGUGGAAUAUCCAGGCAAGCCGAGCCAGCAUACGCAAUAGAUCGGUUGGACCAAGAAGCAACUGCUUCGAAAGCUACAACAUCAUCGAUACGGCAACAUCAGCGAAAACAAGAAAAUUUUAAUCCAAAACAACCCGAUAUCUACCAACAGACUCUGAUAGAGCAAAAUGAAUCUAUUGCUAAUUCGUUGACUGAAAUUGUGUCCUUGAUGAAAAUAUCCGUGGAAGCAACUAGCAAUUUUCAAAAGGAACUUUUGGAAUGCAUGAAACAAAGAAAUAAGGAUUAA